AUGGACUUCUCCGAGGAUACGCUCAACAAAUCGGACAUUAGCAAUUUCUUCGCCGGAAAGUCCGUCUUCCUCACUGGUGGGUCCGGAUUCCUCGGCAAGGCCAUCCUAGAAAAACUCUUGCGCAGCUGCCCUGACAUCCGAUGUAUCUAUGUUCUGAUGAGACCUAAGAGGGGUACAUCCGUACAGGACCGACUACAGAAAAUUCUGAGUGAACCCCUGUUCACGGAAACCCUCCGGAGACGUGUCGAGGCCAGGAGCAAAGUUCACGUUGUCGAAGGCGAUGUGCUUCUACCCCAACUGGGAGUUUCGUCUCAGGAUAGAGCAACAUUGAUCCAUGAAGUUAACAUAAUUAUCCAUUCUGCGGCCUCAGUCAGAUUCGACGAACCAUUGAAGGAAGCUGUCAACAUGAACAUGGGCGGCACACUUCGAGUUCUGGAGCUGGCGAAAGAAGUUGAGAACCUCGUCUCCAUGGUUCAUAUCUCCACCGCGUACGCGAAUUGCACUUUGAGCGAGGCCGAAGAGAGAAUCUAUGAUCUGGACCACUCGGCUCACGGCAUCCUGCAGAUGUGUGAGUGGAUGGAUGAGAAAUCUCUAAAAGAAGUUAGUUCGUCGAUUUUGGGAACCUACCCAAAUACCUACACCUGCACAAAAGCCUACGCAGAGCAUUUGGUACGGGAGAGCCAAGCGGAACACAAUAUCCCCAUAGUGAUCGUGCGACCAUCCAUAGUUCUCGCCACAUGGAACGAGCCCUUCGUCGGCUGGUUGGACAACAUCAACGGACCCUCGGGACUAUUCAUGGUGGCCGGGCUGGGGCUUCUUCGGGCAGCUCCGGUGACUUUGCGGGAGACCUUUCCAGAUUUGGUUCCAUUGGAUUUAGUGGUGAACACGGUCAUCGUAGCAGCGAAGCAUCGCGCUGACCCCGGAGUCGGACCUCUGCCGAUACUCCACGCCACAGCUGGACCCCAGAAUCGAAUCUCUUGGCAGAAAAUGAGGAGAAUCAAUCUCCGUCUCGCGAGGACCUAUCCGUUGGUGCAGAUGCUUCGAUACCCCAGGAUGGAUUUCGCGUUCAACGAUCUACAUCACAAGUACAUGAUGUUCUUCCACCAUUACCUUCCGGCCCACUUGGCGCAUUUCGCAGUGUCUCUCGCCGGCAAACCAUCAAAAAUAGCUCGCCGAUAUCAACGCAUGAUCAACACGAUCGACAUUUUGAUGUUCUUCUACACAACAGAUCCCAUCUUCAGAAAACAGAAAGCAGAGGCUCUGUUCAAGUCGCUCAAUGAGACGGAUCAAUACCUUUUCCCCAUGCUGGCUGAUCGAAUGGAUUGGGAAGUUUAUCUGAAAGGAUACCUCUUCGGAAUACGAUAUUUCCUCCUGAAGGAGGACCUCACGACGCUGCCGGCCGCCCGGAAACGAUUGACUGUCUUGAAAGCAGCGGAUCUGGCUUCGACUCCCCUGACGCUGUGUUUCUUGUACUUGAUGAUUUCUUGGUUGAUAUCCUGUUUAUCGAUGGCAUCUACCGUGAUUCCGUCAUAG